AGGCCUGCAUUCCUGUCCCUCCCUCCUCAUUCCUUCCCCUUCACUCCACCACUGCCCUCAUCCUUACCUCGCCUGCUGUGCACCGGUACUUACUCCCCUUUUUCGUCUUCUUUCCUGGACUCUCUUCCCCCGCCCUCGGCGUGUGUACCAUUUCUUCUGUUCUAUCGCCCCUCGCCCGCGAUUCACCUGUGCCUCGGUCUCUACCGUUAAGCUUCUCUGUUUGUCCCCCUCCGUUGUUUUUCUUUAGACACUCAGUCUACCCUGCCCAUCGUUCCUGCUUCCCCCGGUUCCAAGUAUACCGCAACGCGUCCUACUUUAAUUCUACUCCCCCAAUAUCAUCUGGAGGGGCGGCCUCGUUCCUUUUUCUUUUGCGCCUACUGUAGCUCCCAUUUGCAAAAAUUUCCCCGUUCUGUUUGGCAGGUACAAGCACUCUGCCUCGAGGAGUCCAAUCCAACCGCACUACAAUUCUCGCACAAAUAUUGCUUCUUCUUGUCUCUUGAUCCUUCUCAGGGGAACAGGGAAAAAGCCAUAAGGGUGUUGUUACCUUGCUUUUUCAAACAACUUACAGAUGGCUAGUUUCGCAGCGGCGGGGUCGAGCACUAGUACGGUCACCGAUAGUUGGAAAACGUUUGGUUCUCCUAAAGUCACAUAUAGGAAGGGCCGUCGCCACUCUUCGCAUCAUGUCCGCUCCCGCAAUUUCUCCACGGAUUUGCUGGAGGAUGACUCGAUUCUUCUCCUCAAGGUUUGAGCCUUUCUCCCAUUCUGCUUCUCGUGGGCCAAUUGCGGCGAGGGGAUCACUUUAGCUCACUUUACUCCUUUUUUCUCUUUUUCUUGCACCCCCUUCAGGUUGAUCUAUUCUUGAGCGAGUUGGAACGACGUCUCGACUAUCUGGAAGAGUACGGAAAUAUAAAGCUCGAUGAGGGUAUCCAACGUGCGUACGACACACUGCAGGCCGUCCGUGAAGGAUGCGGAAGAGUUGGAGGGGAAGUCAUCGGGGAGGGGAAACGGAGAGCGAGGGUUAUCGUGGAGGUGCUUGAGUCCAGUUACCAUGAAGUUAUAGAGGCCAAAGAGACCCUACCCGCAAAGGUACACGCGGGCGUUCGCUUCCUAGAGGAGCUCCUGACGGAAUUCGAGACGUGCUCGCACGCCAGCAUGGAUCGGAAAUUGGACCAGGCCAUGCGUGGAGUCGAAGCCGUUAUCGAUGCGAAGGACAAGCUCGCCGAGUCGAUCGAACGCGCCAUUAAAGCUGCCCGGGAGCGUAGGUUGAUAACCUACGAGGAGUUACCCUUCCCAUGGCGGGUGAAUCCAUACAUCACCCGGGGGUACCGCUUUACGGAGACAAAAUUGGAGUGCGUUAGGUCGGCUUUUGCACUUAAUAAUGAAACGUGCAAUAUUUGGACCCACGGGCUCGGGUUCAUCCUCAUCUUGGCUAUCGCCUUUUACUUCUACCCCAUGUCGCAGAUAUUCGAUUACCAUACCACUGCCGACAAGUUCAUCAAUGGGCUAUUUUUCCUUGCUGCAGCCAAGGCGCUCGCCUGUUCCACUAUUUGGCAUACGUUUUCUUCCAUCUCACACCAGACGACGAUGGAGCGCUUUGCCUGCGUCGAUUACUCUGGCAUCUCCAUGUUAAUCGCAGCGAGUAUUAUCACCACCGAAUAUACCGCCUUCUAUGUUGAACCCAUAAGUAGGUCGAUCUAUAUAACCAUUACUUUCCUAUUCGGCGUCGCCGGAGCCAUCCUUCCAUGGAAGCCCACAUUCAAUAGAGCGGACAUGAGAGUAUGGAGGGUAGUCUUCUACGUCACCCUGGGAGCUACCGGAACAAUCCCCAUGAUCCAAUUAUCCAUAACGAGAGGCCUCUCAUGGGUUGCACUCUUCUACUUGCCUGUGUUGAAAUCGGUAUGACCCCCAUCGCUUGCUCUGCAACGUUGCCUUGUCGAUAUCGUUAUGAAUACUAAUCAUGGCAUAGAUUGCCGUCUACAUCGCAGGGGCUGUUAUAUAUGCCAUGCAGGUACCCGAGCGGUUUUACCCAGGGUGUUUUGAUUGGAUCGGUGGCAGCCACAAUAUCUGGCAUGUGUGUGUGCUUGGGGGGAUUUUGUUCCACUGGCACGCUAUGCACGAACUUUUUCACGGAGCUUUUGAAAUGGCCACCGCUUAGAACGAACUCUUGACGAAUACCAUUUCGAUCAUUUCUUUUCCCUUCAUUUCUCCCUUCCCGAUUAAGUAUUACCGUUGUGAAUUCCUCCUCCCCCCCCCCACUCUUACUGACAGAGAUACCCUUUCCCCCUUCUCCCCUUUUCUACCUCUUUCAUUUGGAGCGAGGAGGAAGCGAUCGAGUGAUUAGAGCGGGACAAGAUCUAGACACGCGGUUUCGUUGUAUUCGUUUAUUCCUGUUACUAUUCAUUGACAUCACUAAACUAUAGAGUAAUACACAAGUGCGACUUGUCUGUCUGUAAGUAGAGGAGCUGUAUCGUGGCUUCUUGUAUUUUUCGUUGCUGACUCUUCGGAUUCGGAUCUUCAUUGCGCAAAACAUUCUCAUCCGAUUCGUUUCCAUUUGCCCCUCUUCUUUCGCGCCAUACCCUUCAUGCUUUGCGGUGCUUUCUCUCUCCUUUCUCUAUAUCUAUGGGGUUUUCAUUCCCUCAUUUCAUCCUUCCGCGGUUAAUUGUAGAUAGUCGACACAUCGAGAUGGUUUGAGCUUAACUUAAUAUGUGGGAAAUUGGUGGCUGGCUUGGAGAGCACUUCUUGGGCAUCACCGGCUAGGGUGGCUGAGUGGGCGAGAGGGCGGUGAAUGAAGGAAUGAAAGAAAGAAAGAAAAUACAAAAGGAGUUGUGUUUACAGUACUUGAAAACUUAGAAAGAAGCCGACCGCAAUUUCCUAUACGAGUACCCAUAGUGUCCUUAGCUCCAACAAGCCAAAUUAUUGCCCGGGUACAAGUACCGCCACCACAAUCGUACCAGUGCUUGCAUAGUGCCCCACAGCAACAAUAGACUAAAUUUAACAACAGAUCGUGCCGGAUACAUGCGCAUGACCAACUUGUCUCACGAUACCCCCACCCUGUGCACCAAGCCCACAACCGACGCCGAAAAAAAAAUGAAUGAAUGAAAUAGCCUAUUUCCUCGCCCGCAUACACAUCCUAACCCUCUCAAGUACCUCCUCACGAGUGCCGGAAGUCUCUAGCCCUCUCUGUCAUACAGUAAGCCAUUAGCCCUCCCUGCUCCUGCCCAAGCUUUCCCCCCAAAUCCUGCCCUAAAACAUAGGGCCCAUAGAAGAUACGUACCCUCUCCAACCACACCUCCAUCUCGCCAACCGUCCAUUCUUCCGGGUCUGGUGUAAUACCGUACUUGUUAGUACAUGUAGGGUAGGGUAGGAAGUAGAGGGGGGGGGGGUGAUACCACUAGUAGGAUCGCCAAGUACGUUCAAGUCUACGUCCGGCUUCAUUAUUGACCAUGCGGAUACUGCUACGACCAUUGCCGAGAAUGCUGGGUUUUGUUAACUCCGUUCUACCUGCAAGCAGAGUUGGAUGGGGAGGAGGCUUGGAUGGAGUAACGGUGGCUCCGGGAGAGGAUAGAUGGGGGAGAAACCUAAGAAAGCAUUCUGAGAAACAGCGUCAAUAUAUCUGUAUAGUUCUUCCAUUCUACCCUCUAUCUACCUAGCUAGCUAUAUAGAAUAGCGGGGAAGCAAGGAACGAAAGAAACCCAGAAGGAUGGUGGACGGGGAAAUGGUACGGUACUUUCGAAGUAAGCAUCUUGUCCAAAGGUGUUUGUGGCAUUCUUGUUUUUAGUGGGAGAGAUAUGGGUGGUAGACGAGGCAGGAUGAGUUGGCGGGAGGGCGUGCGUGCUGUACGGGCUGCGCAAACGGGGCCGGGGUGGGUUUAUGACACUCUGGAGUGUACUUGUGGUGGACCCACUUGACACGACGAUGGUAGGCCUGGAGAAUCCUUUGCCUGAGCAGUUACAUUCCUCAAGUUAGUCACGGCGAACGCGUGGCUAGCUUCGAACGCUUGUCCUGGGGAACGGAGAUCAGAUUCCCGUUGAUCAGAUUAGAUUCGAAUCGAAGACUGAAACGAAUAAAUUUAUCACACCUGUCCCGUAUCAUGCGCUAGGGCUCAGCCCUUGGCGGAAACCGGCAGUCGCACGCACACACACUCACUCAUCAGAUCUCAAAGUCCACCUUCCCCCAUCGUGGUUUUAUUUCCACCACGACAACGAAUUGGAACGGAACAGCGCAAGAGAAGGAAGAACUAGCCGGUAACAGCACCCACAGCCAUCAGGAUGCCGAAACAAGUUCACGACAUUAAACAGUUUCUCGAGUUAUGCAAUAGGGCAGAUGCUAAAGGUAUUUAUCUUCCUUUGCCGCCAUCAAUGUCUCCGGCAGCCUCAGUUCAUGUUUGCUGAUGUGUGAUUCAUUAUUCAUAGCUGCCAGAAUUAAGGUUCGUCCUCACGGAUGGCCCAUCAAUAUCAACGGAAUUGGGAGAAAGAAACUGAGGAGAGGGAUACACUAAUACUUUACCAUGGAAUCACAGAAGCCAACCAAAAAAGGCUCCAACACCACCAAGUUCAAGGUGCGCUGCCAUCGCCACCUGUACACCCUUGUCCUCCACGAUUCCGAGAAGGCGGACAAGUUGAAGCAAAGUCUUCCUCCUGGUUUGUCCACUCUUUCCUCCUUCCUCCUUCGUCCAUGAACACCUGCUAACUAGAAGCCAGCACUCAUCACUACCGACGUCCCCUCUAGCUCCAAAAAAUGAUGUGUACAAAAAACAAAUUCAAUUCUUUUUUCCGUUUCACAAGCAAACAAAAGAUGAUCUAAAAAUUUAAUGGAGAGGCUGAUGUUCAGGGAUUCCGGAGGUGGACCUUACUUGAUCGGUUGAUUGAUUGGCUUAGGAUAGAUGGGUAUUUCCGGGCAAUCGGUGGGAACGCUGUAUAGUGGUAUAGCGGGUUCUGACCGCUCAAUGGCAUCUGUGUUCUUUAUUAUUGUUUUUUUCCUUCUCCCUUCACCAUCCGAUGGCCGUUCCAUAUCCAAGUUGCUAGGAUGUGACUUGAGCGAUGGCUGAUAGGGGAUUCUGUUAUGCUACAUGGUAGGGGGCUAUUAUUCCAAAAUACCACCGGAUAUCCUCUGGCUU